AGGAUUCGGUGUAUUUAUCACAAGGUAGGGUGGAAGAGGAAGCAAAAGAAGGAGAAGCAAUGGAGGAUUGUGCGUUGUGCGGGAAGACGGCGAGGAUGUACUGUGAGUCGGACCAGGCAAAGCUUUGCUGGGACUGCGACAACAAGGUGCACGGCGCCAACUUCCUGGUGGCGAAGCACACCAGGAUCCUCCUAUGCCGUACCUGCCAGUCUUUCACUCCAUGGAAAGCCUGUGGUCCCAAGCUCACGCCGACUCGCUCCCUCUGCCACCACUGCGCCACCGAUUCCCACAGGGAUCAACAAGAUGAUGCUGAUCAUCAUGAUGUCCGUGAUAAUCCUGAUCACGAUGAGGAGGAAGAUGUCGGAGAUUCUAGUUCCGAUGCUGACUCUGGUUAUGAAGAUGACGACGAAGACACCGGAGAAGAGGAGGAGGAGGAGGAGGAGGAAGGAGAGAACCAGGUGGUUCCAUGGUGUUGCGCCUCCACUUCGGUGUCAUCGCCGCCUCUUGCGAGUUCUGCUUCAGCUGGUUCUGGUUUAGCUUCGAAUCGGCGGCGAGGGAGUUCGUUUGUCCAUUCUGAUGAUGAGAUCGGUUGUUCUUCAUCUGAAAUGCCCUCUGCUACGCAACUACAAGACGAUGAUUCAUCGUCUUGGAGCAUCCUCAGGCCAUGGAAGCAGCCGAGAACUACUCAGCAUAGCCAAUAAUGAAUAACCCUUGGUUUGAAGAUGAUGCGCGAUGAGGACAAACCUGGACCGUUGAUUUAGAGUCUAGAUCUUACUAACUCCAAUGUUUUAUUAUUAUUUUUUUUUUACCCUAUAGUUUCAACACUGGAAAGAUCUUUAUUCCCAUUGAUUCUUUUAACAAUGGAUUAGCGAUUCACCAUUUAUGGAAUUCUACCUUGUUCUGGCA